AUCCAUCCUGAGGAUUUUACAAUCAAAUCACAAACGAAUUUGAUGUCAAGUGGAGCUAAAUAACAUGGAGAGAACUAUAACGUCUGACAGCAAGCUAAUUAUCAGCCAACUCUUCUCAUCUUCAUGGCAAGCGAUUGAGUAGCGCUCGCACCCAUUUAUGUGAUUUAUUUAUCGCUCUUGUUGCUUUUCGUCUACUCUGAGACGGUAAGAUACAAGUAUGUCUACGCAAGGGUUGCUUAGUAGUGUUUUCUCGUGUUCUUCACCAAACUCCAAAACAAUGUCCAAACGGAAAUUAAGACAGACCAGAAGUUUGGACGCUGCUUUGAUAAGACAUUACGGGAGCGAAACGGAUGAGGCAUCGAUGAGGGGCAAUAGUUUGAAGCCCUCCUUCGUCCAUGGUCAUACAGGUGAUGGUGUAGGUGGUUACCAAACUAUCGAAAGCUAUAAAUUAGAUGCGUGCCUUACGGCCACAAAAUGUAAAUCAUCAUCUUCGAACCUUGCAUCUUUGGACGCGUCUCACUUUACUUACAUUAACUUCGAUUAUGACUCGAAAGCUACAAAGAGGAAUACUGCCUGGGACUUACCUUUUCUUGCCAGAAGUCCUGCUACAACAACCGGAAACCCAAACACACUUUUUAAGUGGCUCCAGAAGAAACCACAACCUUCAUUUACCAAUUCUUACGCUGUAUGGAAAUCUGAGGGUGAUUUCACCUGGAACAGCAUGUCAGGGCGCAGUGUUCGCCUGAAACCUGUACCCCUUCAGAGCCUCUCAGAGCUAGAGAGAGACCGCCUGCAGGAUGUAGCCUUUAGCCGGCUGCUUCAGGACUAUGACCUCAACUGCCAGAUUACCAUCCCUAAAGAUGGCCAGAAACGUAAGAAGUCACUCAGAACCAAGCUGGAUUCAUUGGCCAAAGAGAAGAGCAAAGACAAAGACUCUGCCCCCCAGGCGUUCGGCAUUCCCCUAUCCCAGGUGAUCGCCAACGACCGGCUGCUGAAGCAACGUCUAGACCCCCAACAAGAAGAGCCUUGGGACCCCAACGACCUGGUGACGUCCUUCUUCCACCUCACCUCCACCUCCAAGAGGCUGGUGAAGGAGCUGUCCAGCAGCAACUCCUCCCUGAGCUCCACCUCCGAGACGCCCAACGAGCUGUCCUCCCCCAACACACCUGAACCCCUCCCACGCACGCGCCGGAGGGGUGGAGUGUCUGUGGAUUGCAUCACCGACCUCGAUGACAACCAGUCUCGUCUGCUGGAGGCUCUCCAGCUGUCCCUGCCCAACGACACGCCCAGCAACAAGAAGAAGCACCGGGACAAGAAGCUCAGCCUCAAUCCCAUCUACAGACAGGUGCCCCGGGUAGUGGACAGCUGUUGCCAGCACCUGGAGAAAUAUGGUCUUCAAACGGUUGGCAUUUUCCGCGUGGGCAGUUCUAAAAAAAGAGUACGACAGCUCCGUGAGGAGUACGACCAGGGCGUGGACAUGCGGUUGGAAGAGGAGCAGUGUGUCCAUGACGUGGCUGCUCUCCUCAAGGAGUUCCUGAGGGACAUGCCUGAUCCCCUGCUCACCAGGGAGCUCUACACAGCCUUCAUCAACACCGCAUCCGUGCUGGACCUCUCAGACCAGGAGGUUGUCAUGCAGCUGCUUGUCUACCUACUUCCUCCCUGCAACAGUGACACCCUGCAGCGCCUCCUCCACUUCCUGGCAACGGUCGCCGCCCACGCCCACGACGGCCAUGACAGGGACAGACAGGAGAUCACAGGAAACAAGAUGACGUCGCUUAACCUGGCCACCAUCUUCGGACCCAAUGUGUUGCACAAGCAGAAGAGCUCCGACAAGGAGUUUGCCGUUCAGAGCAUCGCCCGUGCGGAGGAAAGCACAGCCAUCAUCGGUGUGGUCCAGCGGAUGAUCAACACACACCAGACUCUUUUCAUGGUGCCUCCUGACCUCCAGAGCGAGGUGCUGAUGAGCCUGCUGGAGACAGACCCCGACGUGGUGGACUACCUGCUGAGGAGGAAGGCCUCACAGUCCUCGGUCCCGAGGGUGCUGAGGGCGGACGAGGCCUUCUCCCUCCACCAGAGACGGUCGUCCAGUGACUCCAACAAGGCCUCCAGUGGGGAGGUUUCCCCCUACGACAACAACUCUCCCGUGCUGUCUGAGCGCCCGCUGCAGUGCCAGGUGGACCACAGUGACCGCAGUGACAGCAAGGCCCUCUCAGACCGUCUCCCCAGGGCAGGGCAGGGGGACAGCAGGGCUGAGCAGUGCUCACCGGUGGGUCACGUCAAAGGGCAGCCCAGCGAAACCUGCAUGGCCCCAGACGCUGACAGAGACACUGCACAUGAACAAACCAUCUGGGGAGCCUGGCAUGCAACAUUAAAAAAAGAGUUCAUGGAUCCUCAUUUGAUCUCUGGUUGUCAAGGUGAUUUGUCAGAAUGCAGCUCCCAAGACUCAUCAGAGAAGCUCAGCUAUCACCAAGGCAACAGCAAGCCUCCUGUCCGACGGACUCAAACCUCUUUGGGUGUGCCUGAGUGCAGGCCCCACCCCCCGGUGACUCGCUGCAGCAGUAGCCCUCAGGACCAGAAAGGCACAGGACAGCUGAGUGGCAGUCCAUUAUUACAUCAGAGAGCCCACAGCCAAUCAGGAUCCGGGAGCUCAGAGGACCUAACGUUUAAGGGAGGUCCCCCGGUUAGCCCCUCCCUGGGAGGCAGGGCUCGAGCUGAAGGGAGACCCCCUCCUCCGUACCCUGGACUUCACAGAGGUAGCCCUGUCUCCACACCGUCCUACCCUGCUUCCCAGCAUGGGUACCUGACCCCCCAGACCACCCGGAGGCCCCCCCAGAGCCUCAGCCCAGUCCCCCAGAUUGUGGAGCCUAGGACCGCAUCUGGUCAUCCGGAGGGAAUGGUGCCUAGAAGCCCUCAGUGGCAGAGGGACAAAUGGCAGAUAUGGCAGCUCCUAUCACCAGAUAAUGCAGACACGCUGCCAGAGACACUGGUUUGAUGGAUCCAGAGCGUUGCACUACCGCUGGGUCAACUGCGGUCUGGGGGGACGAUGCCUUUUACAGCCCCUGGCUAUGGUGUGCCACUGUCUGUCUUGUCAUUGUGUCAGUGCGGUUCUGCCUACCUGCGUUUGAAAGGUUCGACUGAAACAUUUGUAGCUGUGACUACCACCCCUGAGACCAACACUGCCGUCACGCUCUGUCAUAUCUUUUUAUAACGAAACGUGUUUGAGACGAUCUUAAUCAAAACUGCACACUGUAGCUGUCUUUGCGUAUUUCAGUUUCUAACUUUGUAUUAUUUUGUGAAUGUAUUGUACAGUAUGUCGUAUGCCAUGAUCAAGAGAGCAUCCAACCAGCCACUGUCUUGUGUGCCUAGUGAAAGCAGUAUGUUAUCAUGUUUGACCUAUUUUAUACUUUAUCUAAGUGAUUACCAUAAAGGCUUGUGCACUGCUUCUGAGAGACAGUCCCUAAAAAGAUAACAAGCAUUUCCUCUAAGAGACAAUAUUUCAAAAGCUGUUUCACUUGCCUUAGUGUAUUUGGAUGCUGUUGAGCCUUUUACAGAAUAUCUGGAUGAUACAGUAUAAUAUUGCACUUUUUGUUGCCUGUGCUACCUGUUCUAACUUAACACUCAUUGCUGUGGCGUGGAGCAAGUCGUUAUUGGUUGCUGGACAGCUUGCAUUGCUGUUUUGAUCACUAAUGUCUCUUUUCACUCAUUACCAUUGGACUGCAUAUAGUAGUGGUUUCAGUACUGUUUGUAGCAUACUGUAGUACUUUACUAUACUCCACAGUGGCCUUACAGUGUGUGACUGAUAUGUCCGUUCACUCAUCCAAAUACAACAGUUCGUAAGCAUUUUA